AUGUGGUGGAUGUACCAGCAUACUAUUGUGUCUGCCGCACCUGCCUGUGGUGUUCAUGUUGCGAUCAGAAGUCAUGUACAAGCUCUGUGGCAACUUUUGUAUUUUUCGCGCCGUUCUAACGAAGCUACAGCGAUCCCAGUAUUUUCCUUCCUUUUUUCGUUGACAUAA